GGGGAGGCGUCUCCUGCCAGACUCGCGCUAUCGCCCACGAAGGGACCAGGCCGGUCCGGGCGCAGGUGACUCUCUCAGCGCCCGAGAGAGACUCUGAAUAUGUCUGGCAUAGCUCUUAGCAGACUUGCACAGGAGAGAAAAGCCUGGAGAAAAGAUCAUCCAUUUGGAUUUGUAGCAGUACCUACAAAAAACCCGGAUGGUACAAUGAAUCUAAUGAACUGGGAGUGUGCUAUUCCAGGAAAGAAAGGGACACCAUGGGAAGGAGGUUUAUUUAAACUACGGAUGCUUUUCAAGGAUGACUACCCUUCUUCACCCCCAAAAUGUAAAUUUGAACCACCAUUAUUCCACCCAAACGUGUAUCCUUCAGGCACAGUGUGUCUCUCCAUCUUAGAGGAGGAUAAGGACUGGAGGCCAGCAAUCACAAUUAAACAGAUCUUGUUAGGAAUACAAGAACUUUUAAAUGAGCCAAAUAUUCAAGACCCAGCUCAAGCAGAGGCUUACACAAUUUAUUGCCAAAACAGAGUGGAAUAUGAAAAGAGGGUUCGAGCACAAGCCAAGAAGUUUGCACCAUCAUAAGCAUCUGUCAUGCAGCAUCUUAAAAAGGAAGGGAUUGGUUUGAAACUAGGUUGUUACUGCUUAAGAGCCUCUGAGAUCCAAAGUCAGCCAGCAUCCUUAUUCUGCAUCACUUCCUUUGUGUUUAUAUGGCGUUCUGUCUGUGUUGCUGUUUAGAGUAAAUAAACUGUUUAUAUAAAGGGCUUUGUUUCAUUUAUCUUCAUUAAAAUUAUUUUAACUGCCAUUUAAACAACUCGGAACACAAUUCAGUGCAAGUCCUGUUCUUAAGGCUGGUGAUACUGCACUUACCUUUCCUUUAGAUGUUCCGUUUCUUUUCCCUGCCUCAACCCCCCAACAUGAAUGUGGCCCUUCUUCAUGCCCCGAGCAGUAGUUGCAGCUCUUCAGCUUUGAUCUGUUCCUUACACAGCUUGCGAAAUUUUGGCUAACUAGAGAUCAAUUGUUUUUGUGCAUAAUGGGAUCGGCAUACUGGUGUGACCAUGGUAAUAAGAAAUAAUGCAAGCAGUAGACUGAUAUAAACAGCAAUAGAUGCUGUCCAGGAAAUGCACCAGGGACCUACAACUGGGGAUUCUGAAUGGUACUUGUUCAUCAGAAAUAUUCUGUGCCUUCUUCCAUUUGUCAAUGUACAUAGAUUUUAGGAAAAGUACGUGCCCUGUGCAAUUAGUUUCCUUAUGUAAAAGGAAGUCAGUUAAGUUAUGCAAGUUAUUUUCAUGUAUGUCAAGCUGAUAUGCCCCAUAUUAAACUUUCACUGCUUUUUAUUGUA